AGCGCGUGAGCACCUGUCAUAUUUUGCCGCUACCAAAAACAUUAACAAACUUUGCCGAGCUAGAGCAUUGGCGUGGAAAAAGUGAAUUUCGCAUUUAAUCAUGUCUAUUGGCGUACCAAUCAAAGUGCUGCACGAGGCGGAAGGACAUGUGGUGACCUGCGAGACCAUCACCGGGGAGGUGUACCGUGGUAAGCUGAUCGAAGCCGAGGACAACAUGAACUGCCAAAUGACGCAGAUCACCGUAACCUACCGGGAUGGACGCGUCGGUAACCUGGAGAAUGUGUACAUCCGCGGUUCGAAAAUCCGGUUCCUGAUCCUGCCCGACAUGUUGAAGAAUGCACCCAUGUUCAAGAAACAGGGUGCCAAGACUGGGACGGCUGGUCGAGGCAAAUCAGCUAUAUUGCGAGCACAGGCUGCCCGGGGCAGAGGUCGUGGAGCCGGCGGCGGAGGAGGCGGGGGUAGAGGCGGCAACAAAGGAGGAUGGCAAGGGCAAGGACAGCAAUCUUCCGGCCGUGGACGCGGAGGAUUGUAGAAGCAUUCGUCUACACCAUUGCUUAGCUUAUAAGACUUCAUGUUAGGGCUACGGGCCGAUAACAGCUCGCAUCAAAGCUAACUUACAUUCAGGAUAAGAAGAAAUCGCGGAUUGCACGACAGCAUUGACUGAACAGGACAGUUCAGAACAACUGAUACACGGAAUGAAAUGCUUAAAACGUGUAGUUACCCGCAUAUGAUAACUCGCUAGAAUCAUAAAGUGGAAUGAAUAUAAUCGAAUUGAACUGAAACUUUCGUAAAAUAGCAAUUUAUUUUUGUAGAUACUAUAGCAACCGAACGAA